AUGCAUAUCAUCAAGCCGAUCUGGCUCACGCAUGGGGGGGAAAAGAAGGACUUCGAAGUGUACAGUUGCCAUGUGUCUCCAGACGGGCAACGCCUGGUCACAGCGGCCGGUGAUGGCUAUGUGCGAAUCUGGUCGACCGAAGCGAUCUACAACGCUGCCAACGCAAAGUACGACAAGCCCAAGCAGCUGGCGUCUAUGAGCUAUCAUUCUGGCACGAUCCACACCGUUCGAUUUUCUCCCGGAGGAAAGUUCCUGGCCUCGGGCGCAGAUGACAAGAUUGUAUGCAUAUACACACAUGACCCGAGUCCGCCGAGCCAUGCUGCAUUUGGUUCAAACGAGGCGCCUCCUGUGGAAAACUGGCGCAUUUUCCGCAGGUUGAUCGGGCACGACAACGACGUCCAGGACCUAGGCUGGUCAUACGAUGGAACAAUUCUGGUGUCAGUCGGCUUGGAUUCCAAGGUUGUCGUCUGGUCGGGCUACACCUUUGAGAAGCUCAAAACACUAUCCAACCACUCAAGCCACGUCAAAGGCAUUACUUUUGACCCGGCGAACAAGUACUUUGCAACUGCGAGCGACGAUCGAACCAUAAGAAUCUUCCGUUUCACCUCUCCCACUCAAAACUACACUAGCCACGACGCAGUGAACAACUUCAUCCUCGAGCAGACGAUCGUUCAACCGUUUGUCAACUCACCGCUCACAACCUAUUUUCGGAGGUGUUCUUGGGCCCCGGAUGGACAGCACAUCGCCGCCGCCAAUGCGGUUAACGGGCCAGUCAGUGCAAUUGCUAUCAUCAAUCGCGGAACCUGGGACGGUGAUACUACGUUGAUCGGUCACGAAGGACCGGUGGAAGUAUGCGCCUUCUCCCCGAGAUUAUAUGGAUCAGAGCCCGUCACUCGCCCCUUACCUGAAGGCCAUGUUGCCCCUCAUACCACCGUCAUUGCGUGUGGAGGUGCGGACAAAUGUCUUAGCAUCUGGACGACGAACAACCCACGUCCUCUAGUUGUACAGCAAGAUGUUGCUGCGAAACCUAUCUCCGACCUCUCCUGGAGUCCGGACGGACAGACUCUAUUCGCGACGGCGUUGGAUGGCACCAUCUUAACGGUCAUGUUCGAACCUGGCGAACUAGGCUAUCCCAGACCCAUUGAAGAGAACGACCGGUCACUCAGUAAAUUUGGGACGUCAAGGAAGGGUCUCGGCUUUCCGGAGACGACCGAAGCAUUGCGUUUGGAAGAGCUAAGCAAGGCAGGCGAACUGAAGGGUGUGGAAGGCAGGAUGGGCGCUCUCAUGGGCGACUCUCAUUCUGCGCAACCCGCCACAACCAAUGCAGCUGGACCUCCAAAUGGCACCACAAUGUCAGAGCCAUUGCAGAAUGGGACAGAAACCACGGCGAACGGGCAUGCAGCGGCAAAAGCACAAGACGAUUUAAACCAGGCUAAACUGGAACGUCUCAAAAACAGGGUCGAGAUCACGAAAGACGGGAAGAAGCGAAUACGUCCGCUGCUGGUGUCUGGAGCAGGCGGAGCCGAGUCCUCUCUGCCCCAGACGAAGCUUGUCAGUGCCAGUGCCAGUGCCAAUGUCCAGACGGUCGAUACUCCGCAGUCGAUCCUGGAUCUCUCCAAGCCGUUUGAUGGUCUCCCUAAGGGUGGACUCGCAACUCUGCUGCUUGGAAACAAGAGGAAAUACGCACAAAUAGAAGGCGAGGAGGAAGGCACUACAGAAAAACGGGUGCUGGCUGCGAGCCAAAAGGGAGGCCUUCCCAUUCUCAACAACACACCCGAUGGACUUCUGCCAGCACAACACCAGCCGCCUACCAGCGGUCAAGAAGUCACCCCUGACUGGAUUCGGCCUGCUGUUAUUAACCCUGCGAUUAGUGUCAGCCAGCUGCGACUGGCCGUGCCAAAAGUCCGAGCACACAUUGUCCAAGGCAUCGAACCCUCAGGCCAGCCAGCCGAAGUCUCGAAUGAUGCCGCCAACAAAUCGAGGGCGGAGUUCGUUUUCGAAGCUCGCAAUCCUACCGGCCCGUCGUUAACACCACGUGCACAAGACCGCGAACCGUGUCGGAUCACAUUGACUAGGAAGGAUCAGCCUCUGUGGCAGGAUUUCCUGCCUCGCCCAGUUCUUUUAGUGACAGGCAACCAUAAGUUCUGGGCGGCUGCGGACGAAGCAGGGUCGGUGUAUCUUUGGACGCCGCAUGGGCGACGGCUCAACAGCGCCAUCGUGAUGGAAGCCCAGCCUGUCGUUCUAGCAGCCUACGAGUCCUGGCUGCUGUGCAUCACCAGCGUCGGUAUGUGCUACGUGUGGAACGUGAAGACAAUGUCGUCGCCCCAUCCGCCAGUCUCUCUCGCUCCUGUUCUCGAUACCGCGAUGCAUUCUCUCGCCGCGCAUCCGACAGGUGCCCCUGCCAUAACGCAUGCCCGAUUGAACUCGGAGGGUCGCAUCAUCGUCACUCUAUCCAACGGUGAAGGAUUCGCCUACUCGCCCCAGAUGUACUGCUGGCAGCGCCUGUCCGAGGUCUGGUGGGCAGUAGGCAGCCAGUACUGGAACACCACCGACUCGUCGGUCGGGAACAUCCAGUCGUCCAAAGCCCAAGCCCAAGCCAGCGGCCCCGGUGCGGUCGACAAGUCUGUCAACGUGUCCUCAGGCAUCAUCCCCUGGCUGGAGAGGAACACUACUUCCGAAACCCUCCUGCGCGGUCGGGCGUACUUUCUCCAACGGCUCGUCAAGGUCCUGCUGUCGCGCGAGGGCUUCGAGAGUUUCGAGUCCGGCGUGUCCAUCGCACACCUGGAGAACCGCAUCGCCGCGGCACUCAUGCUCGGCGCCAAGGAUGAGUUCAGGAUCUAUUUGCUCAUGUAUGCGAAGCGACUGGGCGCCGAGGGCCUGCGGCUGAAAGUCGAAGAGCUGCUGCGCACGCUGGUCGGCGGCAUCGUCGAGGAACCCCAGCCUGAUCCGACCAGCGAAAGCAGUGCGGUCGUCAAGAAUCCCAAUGCAGUCGAAGGCCGCAAUUGGCAGGAAGAGUCCAAGACGAUCUGCGGAUGGCCGAGAGAAGAACUUCUCAAAGACGUCGUCUUGCUACUCGGCAAACACCGCGAUCUGCAAAGAAUCACCGUGCCAUACGCGAGGAUGCUACAUCUUGUUGAUGUCGACGAGACGAAUCCCGAUCCAGGUUUCGAUCCAGGUCCAGAUGAUACUAUGACAGCUUGA